AUGGCGAUCUCAAUCUUGGGAUGGUGUUUCAUAGUUGCAGUUAUACUGAUCUUGGCGGCUUUAUCCAGUGUUUGCGGAGAGCGAACUAGUGAGACGAAAACAAAAGAAGAGAAUGUGGAGAAGAAAGAUCCAGUGAAAAAAGACGAUAAAAGCAAGACUAACGAGAAAGAUGAUAAGAGCAAGGCUAAAGGUGAUAACCUAGUGUGA